CAACUAUUUUCAGCUUAUGUAAUGAAUGUUUCUACUGUGGCUUGUCGUAGGUUUUGCAGAGCUAGCCCUAGCUGUAAAACUAAAAUGUGGUGACACAGCAGCUGAUAUAUGCUCCGUUGGCGAAAAAUGCAGUGUCUCCUGCGAAGAGAGUUGUCCUGUGUUUGUUGGUGAGGAUGUCUCCAUUUGUGGGUGGUUACAAAGUCUAGGGUAUGAUACCACCGAUUUACACGCAGAACCUCUGCAAUACAACCUUAACAUUCGAUCCAAUACCCCCGAACGCAGGUCCAAGAGAUCAACAAGUAUUUCUAGUCACGCGUUUCCUUACAUUCCUUUCAAGUUCAUUAGACAACCUCAAUCUCAAAUGGAAAGUUUGGGAUCAACAGUGAAGUUUUACUGUCACGCAGAAGGGAAUAGCUCCCUCAAAUACGAAUGGUAUAAGUCGUAUGUAAGCAAAUUCUCGGUCACUCCCUGGAUCCCCUCUAAAUUACCAGGAUCAUCAAAUAACGAGUACGUGAUAACUGAAACAACGCGUGAAGACAGUGGUUACUACAUUUGUGUGGUGACAGAAGAGGGUUUGUCAGGGGACAAGUAUUGGAGCCAGCCUGCCAAACUGGAGUUACUCUAUUUAGAAAAGCCGGCUGUGGUGGUACAGGAGAGGACUUUCAGAAGUGGAUUAUCAAUGGCGAAGUUGAACUGUGACUUGCCCAACAGUUACCCUCAAGCGAUCGCAACUUGGUACAAAUACGAAUUGGAAGGCGGACUGAAAGAAGUUUUUGGAAUGGUCGACAAAUUUUAUUACCCCGAGGAUGGAUAUUUGUUCCUUAUAAAUCUGAACAGGGGUAGCCACGAGGGGACGUAUGAGUGUCAUGUGAACAACAGCUAUCUCAACGAACACACCGUCGUUAAGAGAGUUGUUGUCAGCAUAACGGGAACCGCCUCCCCAAACCAAAGACCACCCACAAAAGCAUUUUUCAACGAGGGAGCUGCGAGGACAGCUAUUGUCGGUGGAAAGUUAGUGUUACGGUGUGCAGCGUACGGUAACCCUAUCCCCAAAGUUUAUUGGGCAUUUGGAGACGAUGUGGACACAUUGUGCAGAAUACCAAGCAGCCGCUAUAAUUCCUCUGACGAAGGUAGAGUUGUAGAGUUACACAAGGUGAAGGAUCAGGACACUGACUACAGAUACGAGUGUAAAGCUGAGUCCGGUAAUAAUCCCACCAAAACCAUUGGUUAUCUCAAAGACGUUGGAGUCUACCGAAAGUUGGAGAUAACCCAAGAGAAGCUGGAGUACAUUCCUUUGUACCAUAGUAACAUUACCUUAUCGUGCCCCGUAACGGGUCAGAAAAGGAAUUUCUGGUAUAAAAAUGGAAUCAGGCUGACUUCAGAUUCUGAGGACGAUUACACUUUGAAUAGCACAGCUAAUUCACUGGUUAUACCGACUUCCACGCGCACACAUGGCGUUUAUACUUGCCUCAGUUUAAGUGAAUAUGGGGGACUUGUACUGAAAAACCUUCACAUGACCAUACCAGUACAAGAGUUAUCAGUUCACAUAGCACGUGACAUAAGCGAUAAGAUUAGCAGUAACUCUGUGGAAACUAGCACAACUGUUAGAAACAGUACAUUAGUUACCUGCACUGCCAGUGGGUUUCCUCCUCCUCGUCUUUAUUGGUACGAGAACCAGAAACUCGUCACCGACUCUUCAAGAUACAGUUUUUCCUUCAACAAGUCAAACGUGACAGUGAUCAACACAACGCUAAAUGUCUCCAGAUCACAGCGAGAAGAGCGGGGUGCUCUUAACAUUGACUGUGUAGCAGUUUCACAAACAGAAGGGUACCUGAAAGAGAAGUCAGCACGUCUCGUUUUAGAUGGCGAAGGUGACACUGGGAGGGUGGAGAAAGUUGAAGACCGUAAGAUUAUGUACAUAAUAAUUGGGGCCUCCUGCUUUGUGGUGUUGUUGCUGGUUUCUCUAUCUCUCGUACUUGGAGUGAAGUUUAAAAAAGAGCGCAGAAACACAAGACCUAUCAGAACUUACAUUAAAGACAUUCAGAGCAUACAAAGGGAUGGUGGUGGUGAGGUGUCUACUAAAUCAGACCUGAGAGAAGAAUACAAAUAUGCAGCUCAUCUUCACGACAUCCUCAAGACAAUGAAGAUUAAGGACGAAGGAGAUAUCGAAUCAUUUAGAGAUAUUAUCGGUGACUGGGUGAAUGAGGAAAUGCAGGGUAACGACGAUUCUGACUUCGCCCGUCGCUUCAGAGACAGCUUCAUUUCUAAACGCAGUAUGGGAAACCGCCUUAACUCUAGCAAUAGAUUCGGUAACCAGUUCAAACUUGAUUUGAGAAAUAAUGAAAGAAAGCCGGAUGAGUCGAAUCUACUAGACGAAACUCCCGAGCGAUAUUCUGUAAUUCCACUUGGUAGACGGUCCCCCCGUUCCCCUAGAAGAGCCAGUAAUCCCAUCUACUCCGCUCUUCCCGAUACAAACUCUGACAACGACCUCGGCGACACCGAGAUAGAUGCUUCCCUGCGCCACACUGCUUUAUAGGCACCCGAUAUAUUGCACGUGCUCUUUUCGCGCGACACGUGCAACUAUUAUUGAAUUUGGUUAUCAUAUUUUAGUAAAUUUGUUUUGAAGUUGAAUGUCAUUGCUAUCUUAUACAGUGCUAUCUUAUACAGUAAGCUAAGAAAGUAUUAACUAUGAGUUACAUUUUGGAUGUUCAUGUUUGAAGCAAUAUCAUAAUUAGAGACAAAAAUUGACGAAUUGUUUUUAAAUGAUCAGAAUUUGGGUUGAACAAUAUAAAAACACCAGGGCUUGUACAUCAUUGUGUUUCAGAAUCAGAAUUAGCUAACCGUAAAUUGGAAAAUUAUUGAUUUGAGUUAAUGUUUGGUACAGUUUUUAUCAGUAUGCAGCAUUUUUCAUUUAGGGGCCGUUCACGUAUUACGUAAUCAGCCGAGGGGGAGAGGGGGUUUCCGAAUGAUUACGCUAGUGUAAUUUUGACACAGCAGGGGGUUAAAAUUGUCCAAAAAGUGAUUAUGUAAUAUUAUGUGAAGUUGAACGACCCCUUACUAUUUUGCACCGAAAUUUUGUUAAAUUUGUUAUUCUAGUUAAUGUGGUUUCAAGGGACGGGUUUCGAACAAUACUGGUUUUACAUUUUAUAUCCUCUUCUUUUACUGCUUUUAUUUCUUAGCUGAUAGGUUACUGCGACGAACAAGAUGAUAAUAGUGAACCGUUGCCCAUUAUUAAAUCAUGUACAAGUUAGGUAAUACUAAUAGUUAUAGUUAUACAUUACCGGACGUUAUUUGACCGGAUAUUGCGUGAACGGAAAUAAUUUUGAAAGGACAUUAAAAUUUACGAUCAAGGGGUGGACGUCCGGCUAAAUUUGAACGGACAUUGAAAUUUACGCUAGGGCCCCUAGCCUCCAAUUAAUUUCCGUUCAAAUAAAGUCUAAUAAGGUAGUUAAAUUAAACGGUGGUUGGUUUAGCGGUGGUUGGUUUAGCGGUGGUUGGUUUAGCGGUGGUUGGUUUAGCGGUGGUUGGUUUAGCGGUGGUUGGUUUAGCGGUGGUUGGUUUAGCGGUGGUUGGUUUAGCGGUGGUUGGUUUAGCGGUGGUUGGUUUAGCGGUGGUUGGUUUAGCGGUGGUUGGUUUAGCGGUGGUUGGUUUAGCGGUGGUUGGUUUAGCGGUGGUUGGUUUAGCGGUGGUUGGUUUAGCGGUGGUUGGUUUAGCGGUGGUUGGUUUAGCGGUGGUUGGUUUAGCGGUGGUUGGUUUAGCGGUGGUUGGUUUAGCGGUGGUUGGUUUAGCGGUGGUUGGUUUAGCGGUGGUUGGUUUAGCAAUUAGCGGUGGACCAUUUUUGGUAACCUGUUCGUCACAGUAAUCCUCUUUUUUUUGAUAUAUUCAUUAUUUCUGACUCACUAUAAUUUUCAAUAUUAACGUGUUUUAAGUCAUUUUAUUUCGAUUCAGAAACAUUUCUUUUAGUUUCACCAUGAACUGAAACAUUCAUUAUUCAUUAAUAUUGGUCACAUUUUACAGUAUGUUAAAGUUAUACCAAGAAUAUUGUACAUUACAUUACAUUUAAUAAAGUUAAACCGACUUUAUGUUUUAUCUUCGUCAAAAUAUCACUUUGGAGUAAUGAUUAUAUCUAAUAUUGUCAGGUAGAAUUUUGUUAUCACUAUCAGCUAUAAGUUUUGUAAACAUAAUAUUGUCAUCAGUAAAAUUCAGAAUAA